AUGAAUCUCACCAAUUGGCGUGAUGUAACUGUCUGGAAAGGUAUCCCCUUUGCUGCGGAUACCUCGGGAGAGAAUCGCUUCCGACCCCCACAGAAUGUCACAUCUUGGAAUACAACCUUUGACGCCCGAGACUACGGCUAUUCCUGCCCGUCAUCUGGCACCACUUACGCCACAAUUGGAGAGGACUGCUUGAAUGUUAAUGUCUGGAGUGCAGCCAAUUCUACAAACGAUAGAUUGCCUGUUGUUAUGUGGAGCUAUCCAGCUGGAGGCUCGAAUGCAGACCCCCGGUUCGAUGGCGGAGGCAUGGCCGACAAGGGAGUUGUGUUUGUCAAUUACAACUAUCGUACUGGUCCAACCGGCUGGCUUGUGUCGCCUGAGUUAACUAAGGAGAAUUUGGCUAGCAUCGGCUUAAAUAGCUCAGGGAACUAUGGAAUGCUGGACCAAUUCGCCGCUUUGCAAUGGGUACGGGACAACAUCGCAUCUUUCGGCGGCGAUCCUGAUCACAUCACAGUCAUGGGCAAGAUCGUUGGCGCCAUCAUACAAAGUGGUCUUCGCGAUCCCCAUGACCCAUCAGCUACGGAGCUUGCUGAGGGUUAUCAGACCUAUGACGUGGCGGAAGCGUACGGCGUGUCGUUCAUGGAGUCUGUCAAUUGCAGCACGAUUGCCUGUAUGCGAUCCUUACCCAUGGAAACGCUCGACACUUCUGAACUUGGUGGCACGGCUGGUGCAUCCUUCAAGGCCACUCUCGACUAUUAUUGUAUGCCGGACACUUAUCUGAAUACGUUGAAACUUGGUCUAGCUCACGACGUCCCUAUCUUGACUGGAAACACAAAAGACGAGAGCGGUGCUUCGUACGGGCUGAACAUCACGUUUGCACAAUACCUGAAAGAUUUGAACAGCACCUACGAAGGCGACUUUGUAGACCAGUUCUUGAAGGCCUACCCUGCUAACGAUUCUCUUACCGCUUCAGCUGCCGAAAAUGCUCAGUACACUGAUCGAUCCACGGUGGGCACUCAAUUUUGGGCCAAUUAUUGGAUGAGAAAUAGAACCAGCUCAGUAUGGACUUACCUUUGGGAUCAUGCGCCUCCAGGACAGACUGCAGGCGCUGCACACAUGACCGAGAUUCAGUACACCCAAAAUAACUUGUACAACGUCUACUAUGGACAAUGGGAGGACGACGACUACCAAAUUUCUACGAGAAUGAAUAGUUACUGGGUGAACUUCAUCAAGUUUGGUAAUCCCAACGGCAAGCAGCUGCCCAAAUGGGAUAAUGUUGCUUCCAAUACAACAACAACGCAGGAACUUGGCAAUGGAUGGGGACCCAGAAUUCUUGCACACGUGAACCAGAUUGAUCUGUUCAAAUCGUGGUUUGCUACCUUGCCAGCCAUUUAA